UCCUUCAUUCUCUCCCUCCCCAAUAUUAGGGUUUCGUUUUCUUCAUCUUCGGACACUUCCCACAUUUUCUCCUCUUCUCCCUCCUUCAGUUUUCUCGCAAAAAUCAUGGUGAAAGGUCCAGGUCUCUACACUGACAUCGGCAAGAGAGCUCGAGAUCUUCUGUUCAAGGAUUAUCAGAAUGACCACAAGUUCACCAUCACCACUCACACUUCUACUGGAGUGGAAAUUACUUCAACUGGAGUCAGGAAGGGUGAGUUAUAUUUGGCCGAUAUCAGCACUAAGCUGAAGAACAAGAACAUCACAUCUGAUAUCAAAGUGGACACUAACUCAAGUCUACGUACAACCAUUACCGUGGAUGAACCCGCUCCUGGACUCAAGGCAAUUUUUAGCUUUAUUUUUCCAGAUCAGAAAUCUGGCAAGGUGGAACUCCAGUACCUGCACGAGUAUGCUGGAAUCAGCACCAGCAUUGGAUUGACAGCAAAUCCCAUUGUUAACUUCUCUGGUGUGGUUGGAAAUAAUUUGGUCGCUGUGGGGACAGAUCUUUCAUUUGAUACUGCGUCCGGCAACUUUACUAAAUACAAUGCUGGGCUGAAUAUUACACAUGCUGACCUCAUUGCAUCUCUAACUCUAAAUGAUAAAGGUGAUACCCUCAAUGCCUCAUAUUACCACAUUGUAAGCCCGUUGACUAACACUGCCGUUGGCGCGGAGCUUUCACAUAACUUUUCCAGCAAUGAGAAUUCACUCACCAUUGGUACACAACAUGCUCUGGACCCGUUAACGCACUUGAAAGCUCGGGUGAACAACUAUGGUCUGGCAAGUGCUCUGAUUCAGCAUGACUGGAAUCCAAAAACUCGUUUCUCUCUUGUUGGGGAGGUGGAUACUGGGGCCAUCGGAAAGAGUGCAAAGGUUGGUCUUGCUGUGGCCUUGAAACCUUAGAUUUAGGUUUCACUUGUGGAGGUAAUAAGUAAUUGUAGGGUUUCGAUUUCCGAAUGAACCUUUGGUCCUUCAUUCUGGAGCUAUAUCAAUUUCUUGAUAUAUUGGUGGGCUCGAGUGUACAAUCAAUAAGCACAAACAAAACUUCAAUUUGUACUUAACAGAUCCACUCGAAUUUUAUUGAUUUGGGGGCACCUUUGCGUAAGUUUUUUCGGCAUGGAAGGUGAUUAAUUUCAAUAUAAUUUGGGGUGUACAUCAAAGGUUUGAUUA